GAAUCACCAGGAAGUUGUGAUCUUCAAUCAAUACAAAGCAACUACAGUAAUGCUGCCUCUGACGCAAGCUGGGACCAAAUGGAUGACCCAGAAGUUAACGUCACACGCUGGGUACCAGAUCACAUGGUCACCCAAUGUGCUGGCUGUGAGAUGGAGUUCUCCAUGCUGAAAAGAAAGCAUCACUGCAGAAACUGUGGUAAGAUAUUCUGCCACAACUGCUGUAAGGAAACGAUCCCGCUACCACAUCAGAUGAUCAACACAAAUGAGAGAGUAUGUCAGGUGUGUUAUACCAAACUUACAAUGCUUCUCACCAAGUCCGUCAUAGAAAUGGACAACGGAAUCGGCGAACUUAGUCCACUGGCUGCUGCAGCAUCCAAUUAGAAAUAUAUAACAAUUACCACGUUUUGUUUUUUGAAAUGGAUAACGGCAUAAAAGACCUUGACCAUUUUCAGUAUCAAACUCUAACAUAUAGAAGUGGAAAGUGGUACAGUAGAAUUUAGUCACCCUGCAUCAGCAUCCAAAUGGAAAUAUACAAUUACCAAGUUUUGUUUUUUGAAAAAGAUAACAGCUUUUUUUUUGGGAGCUUGAUUUUUCGUGCUGCUACAGCAUUUGAUAAGAAAUAAUACACAAUUAUUAGGUCGGUUAUAGAAAUGGGUUACCAUAUCAAAAAACUGAGAGAGGAAUUGAUUAAUUAAUUAAUUGAUACUCUUGUUUUGCAUUCUGGAAGACUUUAUCUUUUUCAGAGGAGCAAUUUGAAAGUGUUUUUGUCUUCAUCAUGCAGAGAAUAGUGUGUGUAUUUGGACAAAAGUUGCAAUAUAGACAUAUAUUUUACUUAGUUUAUAAUUGUUUUUGGAUUAGCUCAUAUCAGAAAUGCCAAGACAUUCUUGUUUGAAAUAUAUAUCACUUAAGUCUAAAAGAUUUGAUACUCAUAUUAUUACCAAGUGCUUUAUUAACUGGCAAGCAUUCAAAUUCUAGAUUUCAUCAAAAAGUUUUGCAUGUCAUUUUGUUUUUGAUAUAAAAUCACAACAUUUUACGGACCAAACCACAGUUAACAUCAGAAAAAAUCUGGGAAAUAAUCAUCAUAACAAUAUUAGACUAUGAAAUAAACAGUAUGAAUUAUACAUGAACACUUGCAAAUUGCAUCAGAAAAGAUAUUUGUUCCAUGUUGCCAUAAUAGUUGAAGUGCUUAUGUACAUUAAGGGAAACAAAUAUUGCUAUGUGAGGUGUGUCCAUAGUUUAUAAUGUUGUAAUAGCAUAAUGUCAGCGUGUCCAUCUUUUAUACAUCUUAUAUCUGGGAAUACUUGUGUAUCAUCCAUCUACUAAUAGAUCAGAAAACAGUUUUUUGUUUCAUACAAAUUUCCCCCUAAACACCCCUUAAAUGUUUGCCUUUCAGACUUUCCUGUCAUCACUUGUCUGUAAACUGUAUUGCAUAUAUAAAAAACAACAACAUUUAAUGAAUUACCCUCAAAAAAGGAAAUUUAACUUUUAAUUUCCAAUAUUUUCCAUCUUCUUGCUCAUUUUUCUAGAGGAAGAAAGUAUUAUGUUUUUUUCAUUUGGCUUUAAUGGUUUAUCUUUUGUAGGGUUAUGCCAUAGGACAGACAAGGUAUCUAUUAGUUUAUCUGUUUCACAUCAGCUUGUCAACAGUGUAAAGUCAGGCCAGUUUGAAAUAAUCCAUGAAAUCUGUCUGGCCAGGCUUUAUACUGUAGGCUGUUGAUUUAAACCUCUUGGCAAUGUAACCCCUUAUAAUAAUAAGCAAUCCUUAAAUAAAGGCUAGAGCAAAUUCAUCACCAAAAUUACGAAAUUAUGGUCACUUUAGAGAAAGUUUACCAGUUACUUUAAUCUAAGGCUAAAGUGACUGGUAACUUUUCUAAAGUGACAGUGGCCGUUAUAUUUAUCUGUCUUUUCUGUCCGAAGUAAGUAGAUAGACUCAAGAGAGAUUAACAUCCUAAUAAAUUACUGUAAAACGUUUUCAAAUUGUUAUUUAAGUUCAACUGAAAAAUAUCCAAAAAGUUCACUCUAGCUGAAAAAAAAUGUAGCCUUAUAAUCAAGCAUUUUUUAAUUGUUGCAGGCUGUUAGUUUUAUUGGUUUAUUGGUCAGACGUUUAUUAGACAAUCAUUUGUUGCCAAAAAUCAAUCUACCUUGGACCUUACAUUAUAAGAAAUGGUUAUUUUUCCCUGUUCAUAUAUUAUGUUUUGUUUAAAGUUGUUUUUCUUGAAAGAUUUGAUGAGAUUUAACUUUUUGAGAAGAUUCUUAAUUUUAGAAGUUUCAAUUACAGUCUGACCCCGGUUAUUCGACAACCCUUUAUUCGAAUACCCGGCAUUUUCCGAAGUAGAUCGGCGGUCCCGUUUUUAUCUCUAUAUAAAUCAAUAUAAAUUCGAGCGUAUUUUUCAAAAUGCAUUAUCCGAAUACCUCCUAUUUUUCGAAGUAAAAUUUCGGUCCCGAAUUUACAAUUAUGAAAGAAUUUCACACCUAUUAUUCGAAGCCAGACUAAUUGGCGCAGAUCGACUCGCUAACCGGUCGACUUGUGAAAAAUAUCAACAGUCAUGCCUGUAUUUAGACAAUCAUGAUAAUAACCCUUUGUGUGUUCUUUAAUCAACUUUAAUUACCGAAAAUGAAAAGCAAUGCACCGUGUACGAUUUUGUUACUGUUAUUGCGUGAAGAUGACAGCAAUAAUUUUCAUAUAUAGAUAGAUAGAUAGAUAAUUUAUUGACGUAUACAUUCAGUACAUAGUCAUAUUACACACAUUUAUAUAGUACAAUCAAACACAAUAUCAUGGUACAUGAACAAAGUUGUAGCACAAAUUUUCAAUUUACAUAUUUUUGGAGAAUGAACGUUAACACCAUUUAGUACUAAAGUGAGCUUAUCUAUUAUAAAGCGUUUACAUUCUUAAAGAUAUAAAAAAAAAAAAUGGAUUUUAAUCUUAAUCAAAUGCUGUGAUAAGAUACCGUAUAUGUAAAUUUGUCAAAACAUCCUAAACAUUUUUUUAAUUAAUUGUAACGCUACAUGAGAGCCUUUAUCCUAAUCCAAAAUACCAGAGUUUAGCUGUAAAUACAGUUGUAACAACACGGCCAUUAUCAAAGCUUUGCGCGAAACGAAACAAUACAUAAUGUAGAAUAAAAUGCAAGUAUUUAUGUCUUCAAUGUCAAUACAAUAAUUUUUACGCAUCUUUUCUUUAAUAUUUAUUUUUCUCAAUUGAUUACAGGAAGUAAGUGUGUUGUAAAAGGAAAUUUACUAUGAUUUGUCAAAGUGGAGUAGUUUCGGUCUAUCACAAUAUUCCGAUUUCGAUUAUUCGAACACAUCGAUUAUUCGAAGUAAAUAUUCAGUCCCAGGCACUUCGAAUAAACGGGGUUGGACUGUAUAAAUAUUGAAAUUUAAAGUUUCUGAUGUAAAUUUAAUUUUCAGAAUUGACCUUAAAUGCAGAUUUAAAAUUAGGACCUGACUUAGUAUCAGCACAAGAUUUAGUUUCAGAGCUAAAUUUAGAAAUUGACUUUAAACAUUAGAUCCAGCAAACUAAAUUUAGAACUCAACUUUAUGGUUUGAGAUCUAAGUUUAGAACUUUAUUUGGAUGGUUAUGGACUUCUGGUUGAACAAUGGAUAUGUAAAACAUAUGUUAUUUUGUAAGUUUUAUUGUUUACUUUUGUAUCUGAACGUUAUUAAACUAUCUGUUGAAUAUUUGUAUAAAUAUUUUUGUAGAUAAAAAAAGCAAAUACUUUAUAUGCACACUAAAAGUUUGUGUUAAAACAAAUGCCAUAAGAUUGUGUUUACUUUUUAAGUUAAGCAUCAGGAGAAGCAAUAAGAACUUGUUUAAGCCCUUCCCUGCUGGGUCCGGAAGUGAUUUACCUUUGCCACCGGUCUCGAGCCAGGCCAGUCUGUAAAUGAGAAUUGAAAAUUGACAGUUUCAAGAUGGAAGGUGAACAAAUACAUUUAAGAAAAAUCAAUAGACUAAAUGUGGAAUUAGAAUUGCCAAAAGAUAUGGGUCAGCAUAAUACAUGUAAUAUGUAACUUAACUCCAAUUUAAUCAAAUAGAAAAAAAGCACCUUAUUUCUCAAAAUGAUUAAUUGAUGAAAUAAGAAAUCUUGACAAAAAUUAAUGUACAUUGUUAAAAGAGUAAAUAAACAAUUGUUUAAGUGGGAGAGGAUGUCUGGUUUUUUUUUUAAAGUUUAAAAGACUCCAAUUUAUGCAUGGCAUAUCAAAAUUGGUCCACAGCUUUCCUAUGAUCAGAUAUUUUAACUAGGUCAAAAGGUCAAAUGUCAAGGUAGUUUAACUAGGUCAGAAGGUCAAAUGUCAAGGUCAUAGUGACAUUAUGUCUCUUUUAUGUAAUCUAAUGAUGAUUAUAAAACAUCUGAUGUUUUUUGACAUGUUUUGUUUGAUCUCUUUGUAAUUAAAAUUGUAAAAUUGCAUAAAUUGUAAAAAAAAUGAAUCUACAAAGCAAUGGAAAUGUUAAUUUGUUUUUAAAUUUUAAUUUCAGCACUUUACAUAAUGUUAUUUACAAUGUAUUUUUUUGUUCCCUAAAGCUGUGAUUUUUGUUCUCAUACUUUGUGCUUGAAUAUCUCUUAUAUUUUUGUCUUGUUUUAUGUACUCAACUGAAGCGUAGCUCAAUUUCUUUGUAAAUUAUUGCAGUUAUUAAUUAUUCAGAAAUUCUUUUAAUAUAUUCAUAGCAUACAAUUAUAAUGACCUAAUUAAGCAAACAAUUUUAUUUUGUUAAUUGUUGAAAGUAAAUUUGAUUAAUUUAAUCUUUUCUUUUCUUUUGGAGUAAAAGUAAUGAUCCUCAUUUUGUAUGUAGAGUUAAUAUUUUCUAAAUCAUUUCCAUCAUUUUAGUAACAUGAUUAUUUUGUAAUUAAGGGAACCAUGAUUGUAAGUUUUGGGGUUCAUGAGUCAUAAAUGUAUGAACAAGGGAACCAAUCAUGAUUGUACUAGGGAACCAGCCGUGAUUGUGUUAAAUAGCAAACCAUUCUUAAACAGUAUGAACUAAAUUUCAUUUUGUAAGUUCCAGGGAACCAGUUGUGGCUGUAUGAACUAGGGAACCAGUCAUGUUUAGAUGAACUAGGGAACCAGUCAUGAUUAGAUGAUCUAGACUGGGUGAACUAGGGAACCAGUCAUGGUUUUGUUUAUGUGAUAUCAUUAAGCUUCCUCAUUAUGAUUACAUGUACAUCCAGUUUGACUGCACUAUCUUCUCUAUGGUAACUGUGCUUCUAUAUGGUGAAAUACGUGACAAAUUACUCAAAAUAAAUCAUAUUGAGCUUA